AUGCCUCCUUCAGGUCUUGCCAUUAUCAUAGGUGCCGGCCCCAAUACUGGAACGGGCAUCGCGAGAAUCCUCUCUCAUCCAAAGCACGGAAAUAUGGCGGUCGCCCUGCUCGCCCGCCGCCCCGAAGGACUCUCCUCCGUGCGUGCGAACCUCAAAGAGACAUCUCCGGGUAGCAUUGUGGAAACCUUUCCUACAGACACCUCCCCUACCAGCCUGCGCGCCGCCUUCCAAUCCAUCAAGACCCACUCCUCGUUCGCACACCUCAAGCUGAAAGUCGCCGUGUACUCCCUAAAGCACUCCUCCAAGAAGCCCUUCCUGUCAGAGACAUAUGAGGAGUUUACGCAAUCUCUGGAACAAUACGUUGGUGGCGCGUUUACGUUUAGUCAGGAAGCGCUGAAGCUGUUCUUUGAGCACCACGGUGAAGCACCGUUGAGCGAGACGGGCGAGAAAAAAGGGACGUUGAUUUUCACAGGGACUCUAGGCGCGCUCAGGUGUAACGCCGAGUACGCGGCCUAUGGGGCCGGAAGGAGUAGUGUGAGGCAGUUGGCGCAGACGCUGGCGAGAGAGAUGAGUCCAAAGGGGGUGCAUGUUGUGCACACGAUUGCUAAUGGGAUUAUUGAGGAUAAGAAUGGAGAGGAUCAGAGGAUUGGGAAGAAGAUGAGUGCGGAUGCGGUCGGGAAGACGUAUUUGUGGUUGAGUCAACAGGAGCCUGAGUUGUGGACUCACGAGCUGGACUUGAGACCUGCUGCUGAAAAGUUUUAG